AUGGCAUCAAAGACCGAUUACCAACUUGCCUCGUUAGCUGCCGGGUUCACCCUCGGUUUCGGAUUCCUGACGGUAUGGGAGGCCAUCAAGCAGACGCGCAGGAAUCGAAACCCCACCCGUAGCGCCUAUAUCUACAUGGUAUGGGGAGAGAUUGUCGCUAAUCUCGCCAUCGGCAUCAUCGGUUGGCUGUUUCUGGACGGAGUCUUGGGGCCGACCUUCGUGGAGAUCAAUAAAUAUUGGGAUCGUAUAUCCAAGGUGCUCAUCUUGCUAGUCGAUGCGGGUCUCAACUGGUAUUUCUUGAGAAUCGUCAAGGUUCGACUCGUGAGCCAGCAUGGCUUGGCAAAAUACAAGCCCCUGGUCGGCUUCAACGCAAAGCUAAUGGUGCUCUCUAUUUGCAUGGAUGUAAUGCUCAUCGGCCUCAUGUCCCUUAAGAAUCAAGUCGUCUUCGUACAAUUCCACCCUGUCGCCUACAUGGUGAAACUCAACAUCGAAAUGAGCAUGGCCUCACUUAUCACACGGUUGGCGGCGGUUCGGCAUAAUGCAGACUUCAGCUCCCUUGCAUACUCCGGGCCCCACCGCUCGCACACUGCCCAGAUUACCGGAAACCGCAAUGACGAUAUGGACCCCGAGUAUUUUCAGGGCGCCAGCAUUGAGCUACGGCGGACGGAUGAAGAACUGGGGAAGAUGCAGGGCGGAAUCUGUCGAAGAUUUGACGUGGAAGUUCGAAUCGACUCGCCAAAGUCGGUGCCAUCAAACGAGGCACGAUCGUAUGAUGAGCCUAGCUCGAGGAGCUUUGGUAAAGUCGACGACGAGGUUACCUUGACGCACUAG